UAGAAAAUGUGCAGAUAAUUUGAAGCUUACUAUUGAGAAAGUUCAAGAUGUAGAUAUGGUUGCUAAAGGAGUGGCAAAUGGAGAGUUGUUAAUUAAAGGAAUAGUGUAUGUACAAUUACGUGUAAAGGAUAAGAAUAUUAAAACACCAGUUUUAGUAGUAGAUGGUGAAACUACUAUAAGAGAUGAUGAAAUAUUGCUGGGUACUAAUUUUACAAGUCAAUUUAUAUGUACCUAUACAGAUGAAGGAAUAUAUUUGGAUGGGAAGUUUUAUCCAAAGUUAGAAGAGUUAGUUCAAGAAGGAAGUCAGAUACAGAAAGAGUUUGAAAAAAUACCAACAUCUAGAAUCGAAAUUGAAACUAUGGACGAAGAAGAUAAAAUAUAUGCUAAAUUUGAUACAGUAAUAUCAAAGGAUGAUUUGGACAUUAGCAAUAUAACAAUAGAUAUUCCUAGAAAGAUGUUGAACAAUAAAACCUAUAGAAGACCUCCAAGAUUUAGAUAUUCACCGUUACAAGAAGCUUUAAUUGUUAGUUAUGUACAGCGAUUGUUGGAUAAGGGAAUUGUUAUAAGAAAAGAGACACCUUUUGUAACUAAUUUUAUAUUAGUACAGCCUAAGUCAAGUAAAGGAGAAGUUAGAUUUGCAGUGGACUUAAGGGCACUAAAUGAGAUAACACAACCAGAUAUGUAUGUAACAAAAACGCCAAUGGAAUUGAUGAACUAUUUGAGUAAAGCAGAGUUAUUUUCAACAUUGGAUAUAAGAAAAGCCUUUUGGGGAAUGAGAAUACCAAAUGAAGAUAUUAAGUAUUAUGGAGUAUAUACUCCUAUGGGUACAGUAUGUUUCGUAAGAGUUCCAUUUGGAGACAUCAAUGCUAUGGCAAAUUUUCAACGUAUAUAUGAUACAAUAAUAAGGGAAAGUAUACCAAAUAAUUCAGUUGCGUAUGUGGAUGAUUUAAUAAUUUAUUCAAAAAACAAUACACAAAAACAUGUUAAGUUAGUAAAUGAAGCAAUGAAAGGUUUUGCCAAAUAUGGCAUAAAGAUUAAUAAAGAUAAAAGUUUAUUAUUACAGAAGUCUAUUAAAUUCCUUGGUUGGGAAAUAUUUAAUGGAACACGUAAACCAGGAAAUCAAAUUCAAACAUUAAAAGAAAGAAGAAAUCCAAACUCACCUAAGGAAGUUAAGAGUUUGUUAGGAGCGUUAAAUUUCUUUCGUGAUGCAGUCGAUAACUAUUCUAACAUAGUUCGUCCAAUGCAAGAAUGUAGUAAUGUAUUGAAAAAGGAUUUCAUGUGGACUAGUGAAUGUGAAAUGGCUAAGUUAGAAGUAUUUCGAGCCCUAGACACUAUAUUACUGAUUCCUAGAUUUGAUCAGCCUUUUUAUAUCUAUACAGAUGCAAGUAUGUAUGCUUUGGCAGGCUGUAUACUACAAAUAGUAGAAAAUAAGUUAUAUCCAGUUAAGUUCUACAGUAAGAAAGUAAAACAUUGUAAAAGAGCCAAGUCUAUUAAUUUGUUAGAAAUGCAAGCAAUUGCUUGUACGUUAGUAGCUAAUUUGGAGUUACUAUAUUUAUCAGAAAUUAAAAUAUUUACUGAUAAUAAGUCUGUACUAGCUAUACUUCGAGAUGGUGUAGACCCAGACUAUAGUAAGUAUAUUGCAAUGAUAUCAAGUUUUAAUUACACGAUACAAUAUAUUAAUACUAAGGAUAAUACUAUGGCAGAUUAUAUAUCAAGACAAGAAUGGGAUGAUAAAGAACAAGUAGUAAAUUGUAAUGUUAUGUCUUUGAUGGAUAAAGAAAAUAUUAUACAAGAUAGGGAUGAAUACAAUUUAGAGAAUAUGGAGCAUAUAGAACAUGAGAAUGAUCUUAAUAAGAAUGGAGUAGAGACUGAGAUUGAGAGAGUAAAGAAGUUUAGACAUAAUGUUCAACAGUUACAAGAAUUGGACAUGGAGAUGGCUAAUGAUAUUAAGAAAGAACCUGGUAAAUAUAUCAAGUUAAAUAAAGUAUGGCACAUAAAGAUGUUUCUUCAAGAAGAAGAAAAAGAAAUACUAGUACCUGUUAUACCUAAACAGCUACGAAAAACAGUUAUAGAAAUGGUGCAUGAUGGAAAUGGACAUGUAGGUUAUAGAAAAACAUGGAGAUUGCUAAAAAUGUUGGCAUAUUGGCCAAAUUAUAAGAAAGAAGUUAGAAAUCACAUAAGAAGUUGUGAUAUUUGUCAAAAGUACUCAGAUAUGAGACCGGAGUUACCAUUGUUGAAGCAUUCACAAUUACCUACAGAACCGUUUAGAGUAAUAGCAAUAGAUGUCGGAGUAGUUCCAGGAUAUGGAUUAGUGUUACAAGCUAUAUGUAGCUUAACAAGAUUCUGGAUACCUCAAGUAAUAAAGGAUCAAACUACACAAGUAUUGAUUCAAGCAUUAAAUAAAGGAGUGUUCUUAAGAGUAGGAGUACCGGAGAGAAUUAUAUGUGAUUCAUAUCCUAGUUUUAUAUCGAGUGAAUUCAAACACUUUAUGGAUACAUGGGGAGUGGAACUUCAUAUUACAACUCCGUAUGCUAAGACUAAGAAUAGUAUAGUGGAAAGGUCAUUUAGAACUAUGUGGGACCUAAUUGGAAAGAUGAAAGAACGUUGUGGAGAACCUAGGAUGGAUUUUGAAACUAUGGUCCUUACUGCUGCUUAUUAUUAUAAUACUAAUUAUCAGUUGACUUUGGAUGAGUCGCCAUUUUUAUUAGUAUUCAAUAAGAAAGAGAAACCGUUUAUGUUAAGAGAUCAAGGGAUUGCAAUGGUGGAUAAGUUUCCUGAAUUAACAGAUACAUUGGCAUCAAUAAGAAAUGGAUGGGAGAGUGCCAUAGAGAAAGCAAACAGUAAUAGGAUUCAGGAUAACGAAAGAAAGAAUGUAAAAGAAAAUAGGGGAGAGCCUGUAUUCCAAAUGGGAGAAAAAGUUCUAAUUAAGAACUACGUAAAGGGAAAAUUGGAUGGAAACUAUAUAGGACCUUACAUAGUAGUUAGAAGGGAAGGAAAUGAGUAUAGUCUAAGAAAGGAAGAGAAUAUAAGAGGAAGGUUGAUGAAGCGAAGUGUUAAUGAUAUAUUAACAUAUGUAGAAGCUUUGGGACAAAUUCAAAAUAAUGCAGAAAAAGAAAAAGAUACUAAUAAGAUCAUAUUGGAUCUUAUGCAGAAAUAA